GACACAGGCAGCAACAGUAGCAGCAGCAGCAGCAGCAGCAGCAGCAGCAGCAGCAGAAGGAGGAGAAGGAGUAGGAGGUGCAUUCUAUACAGCACACGCCCACUUUUGUACGCCCAAAUUGCCGCAAACGCUGCCGCUGGCCAGCUCAAGCCGAAGCCCAAGCACUCUGCCACUGCCUCAGCUGGCUGCGGCUUAGUACGCACCAGUUUCUACAGUUAGUUGGCUUGCCAAAAUUCAUUCUAAAGGAGCUCAAUUAAGCACCACAGCCCAUCGCACAAGCAACAACAACAACAACACCAAAUAAAGCACAAACGCUUCAACAACAACAUCUACAAUAACAACUACAACAAUAACAAACAACAACAACAACAAUAGUAAUAACAAUAGACAGCACACAAAGUCUCGUGCCAAUUAAAACCACAACACAACAACAACAACAACAAACCAACAACAACAACAAGAAGAACAAGAACAACAACGCCAACAAACUUUAAACGGAGCUUUUCGAACGGCGCCCGACAGCUGUAGCUCUAACAGUAGAUGACAAACAAAAUGGCGGAUGGUGGGCAUUCAUUUGUGAAGAAGACAUUUCAUAAGCCAACUUAUUGUCACCAUUGUUCGGAUCUACUGUGGGGCCUCAUACAGCAGGGCUACAUAUGCGAGGUUUGCAACUUUAUCAUACACGAGCGAUGUGUCAGCAGCGUGGUAACGCCCUGUUCCGGUAUUGCGCCAUGCAUUAUAAAGAAUCCCGUCGCCCAUUGUUGGUCGGAGCCAACCCAUCACAAGAGAAAAUUCUGCACCGUUUGCCGUAAGAGAUUGGAUGAAACGCCAGCGGUGCAUUGUUUAGUCUGCGAAUAUUUCGCGCAUACCGAGUGCCAAGAUUUUGCUGUGCCCGAUUGCACCGAGAAUGCAACAUACGUGCCUGGCAAGGAAUUGCUUAAUGUGCGGCAUCAACAUCAUUGGCGAGAGGGAAAUCUUCCAUCAACGUCCAAAUGCGCUUACUGCAAAAAGACCUGUUGGUCCUCGGAAUGCCUAACAGGCUAUCGGUGCGAGUGGUGUGGCAUGACCACGCACGCCGGAUGUCGCAUGUACCUGCCAACCGAAUGUAAUUUUGGUAUAUUACAACCUAUCUACUUACCUCCGCAUUCAGUUUCGAUACCACGUACUGAGGUGCCAAUUGAGGCGAUUAUUGGCGUCCAAGUCAAAUCCAAGACGUCGCUCGUGCGCGACUAUUCGUGUCCCAGCCCGGAGCUCGGUGCAGAGGCCGCGGCUGGUCAAGUUGGUGCGUCCGGUUUGUGUCUCAAGGAGCUCUUGGAGCUCCAUAGACAGCGACUCGAGCUAUCGAAACAACAUUUUUUACUUUCAACGCCGCCCACGCCCACCUCCUGUGGCUCCAUGUCACUCUGUGUCUCACCCACGCCCUCGCUAACAGUGGGCGAGUCAAGCAACUACCAGGAUCAGGAUCAGGAAGAGCCAGAUGCUGAGGAGGAUGACUACGACCAGCAGUGCAAUACGACGGAGCAUGACAGCGCCCUGCAGCUAACCACGGCCUCCAGCAAUUUGGCCACAGGGCCCUUGCAGAAGUCGCCCUCGGCCAACUCCUCGCUGCAUCUGAUCUACACGAGCCUGUUUCGUAAGCUGGGCCACGGCCAGGGGCGACGACGUCGCCGGCGCGGCGCCUCUACCAGCGAACAGGAGGAGGAGGAGGAAGAUGAUGUGGAUGUGGAUGGCGGUGUCUGUGAUAUAAGUGGCGGCGAUUUGAGUGACGAUUACGAUCACUGCGAUGUGCUGCUACGGAAGCGCUGCUCGCAUCGAUCGCCGCGCGAUGUCAGCGAGACGGAUUACCAUGGCGACGUGGAGCUGGAGACGGCGCCGCGGGAGAGCUGCUACGAGACGUCCGACACGGGCGGCGAGCUGACAAACACCGAGGAUCUCGACUCCAGCAUGAAUCUGAUCAGCAACCUUAGCUAUAAUAGUAGUAAUAGUAACACCUCCAACACCUCCGAGCAGCGCCAGAUCCAGGCGCGUUCCACUGCCACAGCCACAGCCGCAGCCGCCGCCAGGGGUGUGGGCCCCGCCCCAGGACCAAUCCCUGCCUUAAGCGCGCUCGCUGGCCGCAACCCAAAGACUGGUGCUCUCCUGAAAGCCAAGCCCAAGCUCAAGCCCAAGCCCAUACUCAGUGCGCCCAAGCACAAGGGCGGCUCCGCGAGCUCACCCAAUUCCAGCGACUGCUCCUCGGCAUCGCCCGCGCCCGCGGCCGAGCCCGCCACGGCGCUCCUGCAGCUGUCACCGGUGGGACGCAGCAAAUCGUUUCAGGAGCCGGGCGUUGCCCGUUACAAAAAAUACGGACGCGGCCUGUUCCAGCGUCGUCGAUCGAAGCGUUCGCCCAAAGGCGGCGCCAAGAGCAACUACAGCCUGGACAGGCUGUCGCAGAAUAUCGAGAUAACCAUACAGGAUGAGGAUGGCAAUUAUCAGCCAUACGAUGACAAUUAUCAUACGCUCUCCGCGGCACGUCUGCCGCUCGACACGGAUGCCGAUGGCUACGACGAUGUCGAAUAUGAGGAUCUGUAUCUGGACGAUCGGCCGCACAGCGCCGGCGAUGACAUUGCUGGCGAUAUCAGCGAUGGCGCCACCAGCAGUCGAUCCCGCGCCAGCGACGCGGAUGCCCAGGGCCAGGGUCAUGUGCUCGAUCGGCUGCUGCGGCGCGUCCGCGGCCUGUCCGCCGGCUGGCGCAAGCCGCGCUACCAGAAGCGCAGAGCACGCAGUAUAUCGGAGGAAUUUAGCAGCGGGGAUGCACCACGCUUCAAGGACGAGGAGUCGCUGGGCAAGGCCGAGUCCUCGCAUGGCGCAAACACGGCCGGCGGCGGCAGCAGCGGAGGAGGGGGAACUGGUGCUUCUAGCGGUGGUGGCGGCACAGGUGGCUCGUCCACAUACUAUCGCCCCGACGCCACGGGGCACAAGUCCGAAAAGUCGGAAAAGGACCGCGAGAAGAAGGAAAAGGAGCGCGAGGAGAAGGACAUAGAGAUGAUCAAGGUAUUUGACGGCAACAACUCAUUCCGGCGCCAACAGUACCGUGCGAUCAUCGUGCAGCGUACCUAUACGCUGGAACAAUUACUGACAACCGCCUUGCGGGCGUUUCAUAUAACGCGCGAUCCGCAGGCGUUCUAUCUGACCGAUCUGUAUGCGGCCACUGGCAUGGAGGAUGCAGCGCUGCAGGAUCCGACUCCGGUGUUGAAUCUAACACACCUGGAGGGCAAGCGACCGGCCAUGUUUCUCAGGUUUCAGGACAAGGACAGAGGACAUGUGCGCGUGUAUCCCGGCAAAUUGCAAUGCUCACUGGAAGAUCCCUAUGUCAAUGUGCCUGUCGAUAAUACAACAGUUAUCAAGGACUUGAUACGAGACGCACUCGACAAAUUCGGUCUACAAGAUAACCAAAUACAGGACUAUAGAUGCUCGGAGGUGCUGCUCGAUCGCGGCGUGACCGAACGCAUUCUCUCGUGGAAUGAACGUCCGUGGGAUAUUAUGAAGCAGCUGGGCAAGGAUUCCAUUCGCCAAAUGGAACUGAUGCGCUUCUAUAUGCAGCACAAGCAGGAUCCCCACGGGCCGAACAUUGCGCUCUUUGUGGGCAACCUGCCCACAGGACUCUCGCAGCGCAACUACGAGCAGAUCCUCAGCAAAUAUGUAACCGAUGAGAAUAAGUUCAUCAGCAUUGGACCCAUCUACUACGAGUACGGCUCGGUAGUGCUCACAUUCGAGGAUUCUCAAAAGGCGGUUCGUGCAUUCUACAAUCUACGCGAGACGAUCAUCGAGGACAAGAAACUGUUGGUGCUGCUCUUGCCGAACAUUGAGCCCAGCAUGGUGCCCUCGGAUGUGAGGCCCCUGCUGGUCUUUGUGAAUGUUAAGUCCGGCGGCUGUCAGGGCCUCGAACUAAUAUCGAGCUUUAGGAAACUACUGAAUCCGUAUCAGGUCUUUGACCUGGAUAACGGAGGUCCGCUGCCAGGGCUGUACGUGUUCCGGCAGAUCACGAACUACAAGAUCUUGGUGUGCGGCGGCGAUGGCACCAUUGGCUGGGUGUUGCAGUGCCUGGACAAUGUUGGCCAGGACUCGGAAUGCUCUAGUCCACCGUGCGCUAUUGUACCCCUAGGUACAGGCAACGAUCUGGCUCGUGUUUUAUGUUGGGGUUCCGGCUACACCGGUGGCGAGGAUCCCCUCAAUAUGCUGCGCGAUGUCAUCGAGGCCGAGGAGAUACGCUUGGAUCGUUGGACUGUCGUCUUUCAUCCGGAAGACAAGCCCGAAGAGCCGGCCAUGAAGGCGCCCUCACAAACAACGGGUAAGAAGAAGAAGGCUCACCAAGCACAUCUAUCGCAACAAACAAAUCAGCAUCAUCAAUUACCGGCUCUGACAUCGAGUGAUAUAUCAGGUGGCGCUCAGAAUGAGGACAACUCGCAGAUCUUUGUGAUGAACAACUAUUUUGGCAUUGGCAUCGAUGCCGAUCUGUGUCUGGACUUUCACAAUGCCCGUGAGGAGAAUCCCAAUCAAUUCAAUUCCCGGCUGCGCAACAAGGGCUACUAUGUUAAAAUGGGCUUACGUAAGAUUGUGGGACGCAAAACGGUCAAGGAUUUGCAGAAGGAGCUGCGCCUAGAGGUCGACGGCAAGGUGGUCGAGCUGCCACCCGUCGAUGGCAUCAUCAUAUUAAAUAUAUUGAGCUGGGGCAGCGGCGCGAAUCCCUGGGGUCCGGACAAGGAUGAUCAGUUCAGCACGCCCAAUCACUACGAUGGCAUGCUGGAGGUUGUGGGCGUGACGGGCGUCGUGCACCUGGGCCAGAUACAGUCGGGCAUACGCACGGCCAUGCGCAUUGCACAGGGUGGCCACAUCAAAAUACAUUUAAACACCGAUAUGCCGGUGCAGGUGGACGGCGAGCCAUGGAUUCAGAGUCCCGGCGACGUGGUCGUGCUCAAGUCCGCGCUCAAGGCCACCAUGCUGAAGAAAACGAAGAGCAAACGACGCCUAACGGAGCCGCAUAUCUCGCCGGCGGUGCUCAGCCUCUCGCUCGCGGGCAGCACCUCGGCCAUGCAGGCUGUGCCGCAGCAGUCGCAGCUACAACAACAACAACAACAACAACAACAGCAGCAACAACAACAACAACAGCAGCAGCAGCAGCAGCAGCAACAACAACAACAGCAGCAGCAACAGCUCGAGAAUGGCGACAAGGAUAUUUCGGUGCCGCCUUCGCUGCAUUUGGGCAGCUCCUAGAGUCUAGCCUCAGCAUAUACGUCCGGUCUGCGUUAUUGGUUCUCCUGUUUUUUUCCAUAGUAGGCCGCAUUCAAAAUUACACUAUACUACAUACAUAGAGACAGCAAACGGCAGGAUAAGCAAGCAACUGAAAGAAACUGAAAGCAACCAUGUUAAAAAAGAAUAAACUUAAAAUGAAACGCCGCAACACGGAACCAACAAUGCUGGUCGCCGGCUCAACAACCGCACAGCUAUCCCUGGCCCUGCCGCCCAGCGUUGGGGAGGUGGGCGAUGCCGCCGAGGCGGAUGCCGGCCCAAAUAAUACGGACUUCUGAAUAUGGUAUAGCGAGCGUCUGAUUUAACGUGCUAAUUACAGCAACCACAAGCCAGCCACAACAAUUACAAUCACAACCACAAUUACAACCACAAUUACCAACGACAAAUUCAUAAACGAUAGCCGCAGAUAGAACUUAAAUCAAAAACAUUAAUCAAAAUUAACUCUUUUUCUAUAUGUAUGUGUAUUACUAUUCGUAUAUAUGUAUAGAGUAUGUCUUUGUCAUGUCAUGUCUGAAAUAAGUACGUUAAACUCAAACAGCUCGAACUAACAACAGCCAACAACAACAACAACAACAACAGCAACAACAGCAACAACAACAACAACUAUUGAUACUAUUUAAUGCUACAACAACAAUACCUACUACUACUACUAUACUAUUAAUGCAGCUGUGCACAACUGUACACUUUAAAUUUACGCAUAAACUACUUAGUAUAUUGUAUGUAUGUAACGUAUGCUCUCCGGAACUUUGACAGCAUUAGACGAAAGAAAGUAUUCAAAAUGAUGAUAUCCAAAUGUUUAUACCUUACACAGCAAUAGUCUGGCAAAUGUUGUAUAUCAAAUUCAAGCUCAAUUAUGUUCCUUACCGUUUUGUUCCUAUGUAUGUAAAACAAAAACAAAAUGUUAAUAAAAAACAAAAAACAAACAAAAAAAAAAAACAACAAAAAACAGCACAAGAGAUUAGUGAUACCGUUAACAAAGGCGAGAGUUCUAAAGAAGUUCUAGAGCAAAAUAAAAUCCCCAAGCAAAACCAGCGCAAAGAGCAAAAAAAAAAAACACAAAACAGUACAAAAUUAAUUGUUAAUCAUUUAUUUGUUGAAACCAAAUGAAGUCAAAGAAAAAAAAAUAUGUUAACCAAAAUUAACCAACUUGUCAAAUGCGGCACUGCUGCGUCCUCUCGCCGCUAGAUGGCGCAUUAGUGCUGCACAGCUAGAGGGCUAGCGGACGCAACAGUGCUGCCCAGCGCCCUGGCGCAAAGUACUCGGCAAAGUAAACCUAAAAAAAAAAACAAAAAGAACAAAAUGAAAAGCUAAAUAUGAAUGUAAAUGUUACAACAGCUGCGAGAAAAUUUGUACGAAGCAUUUGUUAAAAAAAAUAGCUGCAAAUUGCAUAGCUUGUCGAACUAAAACCAAUGGGGACGCAACAAUUCGUAUAUUCACAAGGAAUAGAGAGAGAUUGGAACUACAAGGUCGUGAGAAUAUAGGCGAGAUAUGGCAUGGGUCAAAUCAAUUUGGAUUGUGCAAUUGGUAUAAAUUUUCUCCACUGUUGUGCAAAACAAAUUAUAAAAUGUAAACGAAUGCAUUUUCUUAAAAAAAAAAAAAACAAAAACAAAAACAAAACAAAAAUAAGAAGAAAAACAAUGUGCCUGAACACGGCUUCUGUCUGAUUGCCACUCAGUCGAUAUGUCGAUCGGGCAGUCAGUCAGUCAGUUUGGGGCACGUAAGUAUUUCCACAUGCAUUUGAACAUUUUUGGGUGUAGAAUCCACUUACAGAAAACAAAAAAACAAAAAGCAAAUCCACUGAAAAUAAUGAAAGAAGGAUAUAUUCAUUUCAAUGAAGGGCAAAGAAUGAAAAGAUAACAACCCGAAAAACUACAAUUUCAACUUCAAAACGCUUAUAAAGAAAACAAUUUUUGAAAAUUUUAUAACUAAUUUUACCUUACGUCUUUUGUUAGACACAAGACAAACGCCAUACACGCACACACGCACACACGCACACGCACACACGCACACACUUAUACGGCCGGUUGGGAUGGGGCGAAUGCGCAUGGUCUGCACACGCGGGUAUUCGCAUGCGCAAGCGCCUCAUCCCUAGCACAUACACAGUGUCAAGGCGAUCGGGAGUGGGAAUAUCCGGUUCCUUAGCAGCUUGGAGUGGACGGCAGAGCACUCUCGGUCGCCUUGGCCGUACACGCACACAACACGCUUGCAUCCACACACAAACAGACAGUUUUACCGCAUUUCCCAUUUACUGUUAUGCAACCACGGAAAUCGCAUAAUAGUGCUCCCGCCCCUUCCCCUUCCCCCUCCUCCCCCCCCCUCCCCUCAACCAAUUUCGAAAUCCAAAUUCACUCAUAUUUAGUUUUAUCACACGCCAUUAAAAAUGACACCUAGAGCUUAACACACACAACUUGCGUUCAGCAAAUCACCUUGACCAGCUGCAAUUAAGGGGCUCAGUGCCCGGGGUUAAUCAGACAACACCUGAUUUCCGUGACACUCAUAUAGCGAGCGCGUACGUUCGCAAAACCAGCCGGCAGUCGACUAUGCAAUGGAUAUCAAAAUUAAAACUAAGUGCGCGUCAAAACAAAUCUAAAAAACCAAAAAAAAAAAAAAAAAAAA